CCGAGAUCAAAAGCUUUUCACCGGAGUGUAGCGAGAGCCGGGGGGAGGGGGGGGGUCUUCAUUUUUGCGCACGCGCACUCCUGGGUUUCGCUCGAGGACUUCGAGAGCGCGGAGUCUGGGGAGGGGUGCGGAGCGGCCGGUGGGCGGAGCAGCGCGGCAGCUGCCUCCCCUCCCCCACUGGCGCUUGCCAACAUGGCGUCUCGGAGAUCUCGCUCCGCCUCAGAACAUGACAGUGAUGAUGAUUCAUAUGAAGUACUGGAUUUAACAGAAUAUGCAAGGCGUCAUCAUUGGUGGAACCGUGUGUUUGGAAGAAAUUCGGGACCUAUCGUAGAAAAGUAUUCUGUAGCUACUCAAAUUGUAAUGGGCGGUGUAACAGGCUGGUGUGCAGGAUUUUUAUUCCAAAAGGUUGGAAAGCUUGCAGCAACUGCAGUAGGCGGUGGCUUUCUUUUGCUACAAAUCGCUAGUCAUAGUGGCUAUGUACAGGUUGACUGGAAAAGGGUUGAGAAAGAUGUAAAUAAAGCAAAGAGACAGCUCAAAAAGCGUGCAAACACGGCAGCUCCUGAAAUCAGCACAUUGAUUGAAGAGUCCACAGAAUUUAUUAAACAGAACAUAGUGGUUUCUGGCGGGUUUGUUGGAGGCUUCUUGUUGGGCCUUGCAUCUUAAAAGACAUUGCAUCUUAAAAGACAUUAUGUUUGUGUUCCUGCUGGCGCUUAACCAUGGUAAACAAGAAUAGUAGCGAUGCACAGUCUUUAAGCAAGGCAAUCGGAGUCGCUCACUAAUCACUGCGGAGCAAGAUGGAUGGAUUUUCCAGACAAGUUGGAGUAUUUCACAUUCUAGGCUUUUGCCAUCUCAAGCUUGCUGAAGCAGGCUUGCUGAAAAUCUCUGCAGUAUGUUCAAGUAGCAUUCCGGGGGGAGGGGGGGACUGGCCUUUUGUCAUUAUUUUAUUGUACCUCAGAAUUCUGUGUAUUUAAUGUUACUUGAUUCUACACCUUUUUCCAAUUUAAGAUAUUUUUUUUUGUUCA